CCGGGAUGGACGGACAUGCAGGAGAAACCCCCUCCCCACCCUUGGUCCCGGCGGUAAAGGGUAGAGGGAGCACUCCCGGGUUAUCUCAGCUGUCAAUCGGGGACAAAGCCCGGCGAGCUCCUCUCCUAUUGGCUGUCGCCGCUCCUCGGCGGCGGAAGCGGAAGCGGCCGGCGCAGCCUCGGCGGGAGGGAUGAAUCCGCCUCCGGGGCAGCGGCGGCUCCCGGUUCUGCCGGUGUUGCUGUUGCUGCUGUUGCUGCUCCUGCCCUUCCUGAUCCUGGAAGCUGCAGGCGCCAAGGAUCCCAUCAUCCCGCUCCAGGAGGGCCACGCUUCCCACCACAGGGAAUCCCAGCGCUUCUGCUACACCAACACCCGCGUGCCGCGAUGGCACGACAUCUGGACGAGGACACAGAUCCGCGUCAACAGCAGCCGGAUGAUCCGCGUCACCCAGGUGGACAACGAGGAGGAGCUGGAGAAGUUCAGCGUGUGGAACGUGGUGUUCUCCUUCCUGCGGGGGAAGCUCAACGACACCAGCAUCGACGUGGACCUCUACAGCAACAAAACCUGCCUCAAGGUCGAGCUGCUGGAGCCCGGCACCACCUACUCCGUCGUCCUCUUCCGACGCUUUGAUCCUAAGCUGUUCCUUGUUUUCUUCCUGGGCCUGCUGUUGUUCUUCUGUGGGGACACACUGAGCAGGAGCCAAAUCUUCUACUACUCAGCUGGCAUCAGCGUUGGUUUGUUGGCCUCGCUGCUCGUCCUCGUCUACAUGAUGUCCAAGGUCAUGCCCAAGAAAAGCCCUGUGUACUUCCUGCUGGUCGGAGGUUGGUCCUUUUCCCUGUACCUGCUCCAGCUGAUCUUCAAGAACCUGCGGGAGAUCUGCAAGUCCUACUGGCAGUACCUGUUAGGUUACCUGCUGUUCGUGGGCUUGCUGAGCUUCGCUGUGUGCUACAGGUACGGCCCCCUGGAGAACGAGCGCAGCAUCAACCUCCUCUCCUGGGCCCUGCAGCUGCUGGGGCUGCUGCUGAUGUACUCGGGCAUCCAGAUCCAUCCCAUCGCCCUGGGCCUGGUGUUCGUCGCCAUCUGCACCAAGAACCUGGAUUACCCCUUGCAAUGGGCCUUCGCUGCCUACCGGAGGGUGCAGAGUUCCAAGCUGGGCCCGACCCCCCCUCGUCUGCUGACAGAGGAGGAAUAUCGGCUCCAGGGCGAGGUGGAGACCCGCAAGGCCCUGGCAGAGCUGCGGAGCUUCUGCCAGAGCCCCGAAUUCUCUGCCUGGAGCACGGUGUCCCGCAUCCAGUCUCCCAAAAGGUUUGCUGACUUUGUGGGUGGUGCCUCGCACGUCACCCCCAACGAGGUGUCUGUCCACGAGCGGGAGUUCGGCCUGGAAAGUCUCUUCAUUGACGAGCAGCUGUUCGAGGAGGACGACGAUGAUGAUGAUGAUGAGGACAGUGUCAAUGACUCCUUUGCUGGGAAUCACAGGAGUGAUUCCCUGCCCCACAACCAUCUGGAUGUCCAGUGAGGUGCCCGAGGGUGACACACACGAGAGGAACUUUGGACGUGUCCGCCCGUACCUGCGUGCUCAGCACCUGCCUGGAGCCGUGGGGAGGGAGCUGCCCGUGCCCGGCUCCUCCUCCUCCUGUUACAAACACAUCAGACGGCUCCAGCUGGUCGGGCCACGCCUCUGCCUUGCCUUCAAUCCCGUGUGAAUACCAAAAACUCCGGUGCCUGCCGGAUGGAGCUGUGGAGCCUCGGGGUCUGCCGGCUGCCCCUGGAUGUGGUGUUGGGGUAGAGGCCGUGCUCAGCCCCUCUCCCCAUGCCAGAGCUGAGGAUGAGUGUGGAUGUGCUUCCUCCCUGCCUCGCAGCCCUUCUCCUGCUGUUACUCCUCUCCCAGUGGGUGCAGGCAGGGACUGAGGGUGACGUUGCCGCUGUUGGGUUCCCAGUGCUGGCUGGGGAGCUCUGCCAAAGCACAAAGCUGGAGGGGACGCCCCAAUCUAUGCAACUUCCUAAGCAAUAACGCUGCCCUCACCUCCUCGUAGUGUCUCAGCUGCCCUGGGGAGCCCCAGCCCAGCCCCUACCUCACCUGUGCCACUGCUGGAACUUCUGCCAUCAGUUUUUGUCCCAGUCCCAGGUUUGCUCCCCGGCCCUCGCUGCGCUUUCCUCCCUGCUCAGGUGUGAGCAGCCUCUGUUACUGCAUCCCCCCACCCUCAGUGUGGUGAAUGACUGAUUAUAUUUUUAAUAAAGACAUGUUUUUUA